CGUGAAUAAGUUGCUGUUCUUCCUUCCAUCGGACUGACGCUUUCGUACAUACGUACAAUAUAAUACAAGUGUGGCGUGCUAAGGAAAAAUACAAGAAAUGUAUCUCAGAUACGGAGUGUUGUUGAGUGUCUUCUACACUAUAACCUUGGCUAGAGAGUCUCUCAUUGUCCAAUGUGAUUGGGGUGACAAACUCUAUAUUACAGGCAUAAAUUACACCUGGCCCUCCUACAAAGAAUACCAACAAGCAGUGGAAAACAGGUCUUUCGCGCAAGAUUUCAACACGUUGGAAGAAAUGAAGUUUUGGAAGGACAACAUGUAUGUAGCUAUGGAGCCUUGGAGAAGCGGUGGUGUACCUGUAGCGUUGGCCAUGACCCCAGUCUCGAUCUUAAGUAGCACCAAAACACCACGGCUCAAGCCAUACCCUAACUGGGAGAUGCAGAAGGUCGGGGGUGACUGUUCGGGAUUUCAGGCAAUUUUGGGUAUCGAGAUAGACCCAAUGGGCAGACUGUGGGUGCUGGACAGCGGCUAUUUCUCCAACUGUGGUCCCCGUUUGUUGAUCCUUGACCUCGAGGAUGGUGGCAAAGUGCUCAUGAGCUACAGCAUCCCAUCAAAACUAAUCAGUUGCGACGACCCCAGAAGAAUACCAACAUCGAGUGAAAUCGUGCUGGAUCACGAGGACGGUGGCUUCGCUUACAUUAAAUUUGGGCGUUGCUCCGAUAUAAUUGUUUUUUCCCUGAAAAACCGAACCUCGUGGAAAUUCAGUUAUUUCAACAACUUGUUGCAACUGGCAGUAUCACCAGCAGAUAGCGAAGGUAAUCGAAAAUUAUACUGCAUCGCAGGAAUGUACGCGCCCAAAGUAUUUGAGGUGUCCACUCGUGCACUUAAGGAUAAAACCUUGCACUCGAAUAUCAAUCAGGAGGUAAAGGAAUUAGGUUGGGCACCGUCCAAGUCGAACGAGAUCACUAUAUCCAACAAAGGAAUCAUGUUUGUCACUACACAUAAGCCCAUGUCCUUUUACAAAUGGGAAUUAAACAGUGUGUCGUUCAACAGAACCAGGUUCAAGUACAAAAAGGGAGAAAUGUAUUUUGAUUUGUUUAAACCGACCUUCGACGAGAGAGGCAACCUGUGGUUCAAAUCUACAAGAGGCCUUGCUCUUCUAUCCAUAAACCUUAAAAUCGAGAAGAUAUAUAGCUAUCAAUACUACGGGAACGGUAGUAUGCCAAAGUUACCUGUCAUCACCGAUGAUGCGUGGAAUAACCGUACCGCACCGUAAUGGCCUUUCAGCAUCCACUCGUGUGUCAAAAAAAUAGUCAACAUUGGCUAUAAUUUUAAUACAAUGCUACAAUUGCUUAGUAAAGUACUAUUAAUUGAGUUUAAUGUAUUUGUACCUGUAAUAAUAAAA